GAAACACAGUCUUCGCGAUCAUUUGAAGAUGUUGUCUCUCCUGCUCGUGCUCUAUCUCUCGGCGCUCGCGUCGUCCGCCUCCGUUCGUGGCGUCAGUGACGUCACAGAACAACAAGGAUGUGACGUCACGGUAGGAGUAACGUACCCAGAGACAGCCGAAGAGGAACCUUCAGUCACGUGUUCAUCGCGGUGCUUUUCUGAUGAUGAACAGACAUGGUUUAUGGGAUCGACGUACAAGCACCUGGCCGGCCUGACAGAGCUUGGCCUCAUGGUCGAAGUCAAGUACGACAAGGCAGCUGUGAUUGACUGUCGGCUGGUUCCUAUUCAGUCAACUUCCAGUCUGCUUGAAGCCUUCCAAGCGUGUGACAAUACCUUCGCUGCAACAACCGCGAGUUCAGCCCCAACUGGAACCAACACUGGAACUUUUAUUCCAACCGGAACCAACGUUCCAACCGGAACCAAUGUUCCAACUGGAACCUUCAUUCCUACUGGAACCAACACAGGAACCUUCAUUCCAACUGAAACCAACACUGGAACCUUCAUUCCAACUGGAACCAACACUGGAACCUUCAUUCCAACUGAAACCAACACUGGAACCUUCAUUCCAACUGAAACCAACACUGGAACCUUCAUUCCAACUGGAACCAACACUGCAACCUUCAUUCCAACUGAAACCAACACUGGAACCUCCAUUCCAACUGAAACCAACACUGGAACCUCCAUUCCAACUGAAACCAACACUGGAACCUUCAUUCCAACUGGAACCAACACUGGAACCUUCAUUCCAACUGGAACCAACACAGGAACCUUCAUUCCAACUGACACCAACACUGGAACCUUCAUUCCAACUGGAACCAACGUUCCAACUGGUACCAACACAGGAACCUUCAUUCCAACUGGAACCAACGUUCCAACUGGUACCAACACUGGAACCUUCAUUCCAACUGGAACCAACGUUCCAACUGGAACCAACACUGGAACCUUCAUUCCAACUGAAACCAACGUUCCAACUGGAACCAACACAGGAACCUUCAUUCCAACUGAAAUCAUCAUUCCAACCGGAACCAACACUGGAACUUUUAUUCCGACUGGAACCAUCAUUCCUGGAACCAGCGUUCCAACUGGAAGCAACAUUCCAACUGGAACCAAUAUUCCAACUGGAACCAACACCGGAACCUUCAUUCCAACUGGAACCAACACCGGAACCUUCAUUCCAACUGAAACCAAUAUUCCAACUGGAACCAACACCGGAACCUUCAUUCCAACUGGAACCAACACCGGAACCUUCAUUCCAACUGGAACUAAUAUUCCAACUGGAACCAAUACAGGAACCUUCAUCCCAACUGGAACCAACAUUGCAACUGGAACCAAUAUUCCAACUGGAACCAACACUGGAACUUUUACUCCAACUGGAACCAAUACAGGAACCUUCAUUCCAACUGAAACCAACAUUCCAACUGGAACCAGCACCUCCACCUCUGUUCCAACCGAGAUUGGAUCUACAACGGAAGACAUCAUCGCCUGCGAGCACAAGGAGACGAGCCCCUCAACCCCAGUGCCAACGACCACCACGACUCGGGUGCCGACGACCACCACGACCCCACCGCCGACGACCACCGCCACCGUGUGCCCCGAGGGAUGGCUCCUGAACGCGGGGUCGUGCUACCACCUCAGCUCCUCUACGGGCUCCUGGGAGGAAGGGAGGGCCUACUGCAGCGACAAUGGCGGGGCCUACGUCAAGAUUUCCAGCGAAGAGGAAUGGGAAUUUGUCAAGAGCCUGUUGUCCGCCAACACGUGGAUUGGCCUCAAUGACCACGAGACCGAGGGAAGCUUCCUCUGGGAUGCCGACGGCUCAGCGCCGGUGUUCACAAAAUGGAACUCUAAUGAACCCAACGACGCAGGAACCGGCGAGGACUGCGCGGAAAUGAACAGGAGGAUGGACUUCCUGUGGAACGACCAGACUUGCUCUGAUGCAAGACAGUUCGCUUGCGAGAUGAACCCCACCAUUCUCUAUGGAUAACCGCUCGACGUCGCGAACCAGUCCAACGGCAGAUGUUGGAGCUGACCCGAAGAUAUUCCAUAUUGCCAGCCGCUGCCAAACAAUCAGUUGCUUGAGAUUUCGAACAUAUAGAAUCAAGGAAGCCGAAAUUAAAGUAGCGCAUGUAAAUGGCGUUAUAUCUAAUUAAUGAGAAAAGAUGUAACACAACUAUAACACAUAUAAUAGGAAAACAGUUUGAAUAUAAAUAAAGUUAUGGCUGCUAAA